CUUUUCAUCCUGUCCUCCAUCUUCUUUACGCGAUUCAACCGGUCGCUGGAGUUGGACAAAUCUGCAUUGAAACAUCAAUAUGCUGUCAGUUCGUGUUGCUGCGGCCCUUGUCCGUACUCUUCCCCGUCAGCCUGCAUUUGUCUCCAAAAAGGUUGCAGCUGCUGCAUGUGUAGGGGCCAGACACCUGCAUACCACCAAGCCAUGGAUGGCCAAGACAGGCACGGCGGAAGUCUCUUCCAUUCUGGAGGAGAAGAUCCUGGGGGCCGACACCGGCGCUAACCUGGAGGAGACCGGCCGGGUGCUGUCCAUAGGCGACGGUAUUGCCAGGGUCUACGGCCUCAGGAACGUGCAGGCUGAGGAGAUGGUGGAGUUCUCCUCCGGACUCAAGGGCAUGUCUCUGAACUUGGAGCCCGACAAUGUCGGUGUUGUGGUUUUUGGUAACGACAAGCUCAUCAAGGAGGGUGAUAUUGUCAAGAGAACAGGAGCCAUCGUGGACGUGCCUGUCGGUGAAGAGUUACUUGGUCGUGUGGUGGAUGCUCUGGGAAACGCCAUUGAUGGCAAGGGUCCCCUUGGGUCCAGCAUUCGUAGGCGUGUGGGUCUGAAGGCCCCUGGCAUCAUCCCCCGGAUCUCUGUGAGGGAGCCCAUGCAGACAGGCAUCAAGGCCGUGGACAGCCUGGUUCCCAUUGGCCGUGGCCAGCGUGAGCUGAUCAUCGGUGACAGGCAGACUGGCAAAACCGCCAUUGCCAUUGACACCAUCAUCAACCAGAAGCGCUUCAACGAUGGAACCGACGAAAAGAAGAAGCUCUACUGCAUCUACGUGGCCAUCGGCCAGAAGAGAUCCACAGUGGCCCAGCUGGUGAAGAGGCUGACCGAUGCCGACGCCAUGAAGUACACCAUCGUGGUGUCCGCCACGGCCUCCGACGCCGCUCCCCUGCAGUACCUGGCCCCCUACUCCGGCUGCUCCAUGGGCGAGUUCUUCAGGGACAACGGCAAGCACGCCCUCAUCAUUUACGACGACUUGUCCAAGCAGGCUGUGGCCUACCGUCAGAUGUCUCUGCUCCUGCGGCGUCCUCCUGGUCGCGAGGCCUACCCGGGCGACGUGUUCUACCUCCACUCCCGUCUGCUAGAGAGAGCGGCCAAGAUGAACGAGAACUUUGGCGGCGGCUCCCUCACUGCCUUACCCGUCAUCGAGACCCAGGCCGGCGACGUGUCUGCGUACAUUCCAACCAACGUCAUCUCCAUCACGGACGGACAGAUCUUCCUGGAGACUGAGUUGUUCUACAAAGGUAUCCGACCAGCCAUCAAUGUGGGUCUGUCUGUGUCACGUGUUGGCUCUGCUGCCCAAACCAAAGCCAUGAAGCAGGUUGCUGGUACCAUGAAGCUGGAGCUAGCACAGUACCGUGAGGUGGCUGCCUUUGCCCAGUUUGGGUCCGACUUGGACGCUGCCACCCAGCAAUUGCUGAACCGUGGUGUUCGCCUUACAGAGCUGCUCAAGCAGGGCCAGUACUGCCCCAUGGCCAUUGAGGAGCAGGUUACAGUCAUCUAUGCUGGUGUCAGGGGACACCUGGACAAAAUGGACCCAACCAAGAUCACAAAGUUUGAGAAGGCUUUUCUUCAUCAUGUUGUCAGCCAGCACCAGGAUCUCCUGGCACAAAUUAGAACUGAUGGCAAAAUCUCAGAAACUGCAGAUGCUAAGCUUAAGCAGAUUGUCUUGACCUUCCUGGCAAGCUUUGAGUAGUGUUAUGUUUGGUCAACUUUUCAAUGUUUCAUAGUGCUCUGAUUUAACUUUCUAUACAAUUCAGAAAUAAGUUGGCACUUUAUAUUCAUGUACAGAGAUCUCCUAACAGAGAAUAAAUUGUUCCUACUUCAGGGCCCAUGGA